AUGAUAAACUCAUUGAAAAAUUGUUUGAGAAAAAGGAAAUAACAAAAAAGUAUAAUUUCUAUUACAUAUAGACUAGAUAUAAAAAAAGACUUAAAAGAUAAUCAUGGAGCAUUUGAAGGUGAAUUCAAGGCUAGUUUCAAAAAUAUUGUUGAUUCAAAAUAAUGAUGGCUUAUUAUAGGAUUAUUGGAUAAGGAAAAUAUUAACUUAUAUUUUUAUCAAAAAAUAAAUUAAAAAAAGAGAUAAAUAAAUGACAUUUAGGAAUAUUAUAGAAAAAAAUUAAAAAGAAUAAAAACUAAUUGAACAACUAAAGAAAUCAAAUAGUUAAAUAAUGAGUAUAGGUUUAAGAAGACUUAUUUUGUAAUUAUUUUGGGAGUUCUUAACCAUAAUAUGAUGAUGAAAAAGUUAUGACUAAUAAAAUUAAUGAAAGAAAUCAUGAUAAAUCCAAUAUGGCAUUCAAUAAUAUUUAGUUUCUAUUUAUGGAUUGCAAUGUGUUUAUGGUGAUUUUUCUAACUCUAAAUUCUAGUUUGUAGGUUUGAUGCAACCUUAAGAAUUUUCUUAAUAUUGAGUAUAUUUUUAUCUAAUUACUUAAUUUUUCUAUUGUCAUUACAAAUCACACUCUUAUGAUAGAAAUCAACAAGAAAGAUGAUAAUAACUAGAUUAUAUUAAAAAUUCUUAAACAUAUAUAAUGA